AUGGCUUCCAGACUUCUCUCCAAAUCCGCCGUGCGCGCGGCGUCGACGACCGCGUCGCAGACCACCAAGGCUGCUGGUGAUAUUUCCUCGGUCUUCCCUUCUCUAAGACCCGACUACCAACCCGAGCCUCUUCCACCACGAUUCCGUGAUCUUAAGAUGAAAUUCUUUGAAAAGAACCAAAAGGCACUCGAACAAAGUUGGAAGAGACUGCUUCCAAGUCUGGAGGAGGAGGUCGAGAAGAUCAAGUCGAAGGGCAGUGAUAUUAUCCCCUCGGUUGACUAUGCCGACGUGAUCUCCGGCAAGGUCCCUGAAGCCGCACUCAAGGAGAUCAAGCACCGGGGCACGGUGGUCGUUCGUAAUGUGCUGCCCCGCGACCAAGCUCUGGAUUACAAGCAGCGAAUCCGAGACUAUGUAGCUGCAAACAAGGAGCGUGUCAAGGCGUUUCCGCCCGACUCGCCAGCUGUGUACGAACUCUACUGGACGCCAUCGCAGGUCGAGGCUCGGGCACACCCGAAGGUGCUCGAUACACAGCGCUUUCUGCAGCAUCUGUGGCAUUCUUCUGACCCCAACAGCAAGAUUUCGACCUCUAAUCCGCUUACUUAUGCGGAUCGACUACGGAUUAGAGACCCGGGUGACUCAAAAUUCACCCUCGGACCGCACGUCGACGGUGGCUCACUUGAGCGCUGGGAAGACCCGGAGUACUCGCGAGUGUACACAAAGAUCCUUGAAGGCAACUGGGAGCAGUAUGAUCCAUGGGACGCGAAGCACCGCCUAAGCGCCAAGAUGGAUAUGUACAACGGCGCCGGCGCCUGCUCGAUGCUGCGCUUCUUCCAGGGCUGGCUAUCCAUGUCCGACACCGGGCCGGGCGAAGGCACGCUGCAUGUAUGCCCGAUGCUCAUCCACAGCACAGCUUACACGAUCCUGCGGCCAUUCUUUGACGCGAAGAGCCUCCAGCCUCUGCAGGACGCUACCUUCCCGGGCUCUGUCCCAGGGGCUUGCCAGGAAUAUAACCCGGUCACGCACCCACACCUCGAUCUGGAGACGACGAUGGUCUCAGUGCCGCAGGUUGAGCCUGGGGACUUUGUCGCCUGGCACUGCGACUCGCUGCACUCCGUGGACAAGGAGCAUCGCGGCAAAAACGACUCCAGUGUGCUCUAUAUCCCCGCCACUCCGUUGUGCGACAUGAACGUCGACUACCUUCUCAAGCAGCGCCAGGCUGCGCUCUCUUACUCCCCGCCAUGGGAUUUCCCUGGUGCUGGUAGUCCCGGUGAGAUGGGCUUCCAGGGUGCUAUGGACUGGUCCUCGCUCAACCCUGAAGGCCAGCGUGCUAUGGGGCUGGGUAAUGAGCCGUGGGAGAUUACGGAUGCUAUGACUGAGGGUGAGAAAGAGGCUGUGCGGUCAGCUAACAAAAAGUGCUUCGGAGUGUAA